AUGUCGAGCCAGAAGUCAGGACAGAGCAGAGAGGUACAGAGCUCCCUAACGCCAGAAGAGAGUCCUGCCAGUUUUAUACAUGUCAAAUUGGAGGAGUAUGAGCCUGCAGACUUCAGCACCAAGGAUCUCAUCCUAAAGAAAGCCAGAGAGGUCUGCACUCGCAAUCGUCAAACCAUCUUCUGUCAGCUGUUCCCAGUGCUGGAAUGGCUUCCCCGUUACAACAUCAAGACGCAGUUGCUUGGGGAUGUCAUAUCUGGGCUCCUGGUGGGGAUAGUUGCCAUUCCUCAGUCCAUCUCUUACUCCCUCUUAGCCAACCAGGAUGCCAUCUACGGACUCUACACCAACUUCUUCUGCAGUAUCAUCUACUUCUCUAUGGCCACAUCGCGCCAUAACUUCGUGGGCUCCUUUGGUGUCCUGUGCCUGAUGAUUGGGCAGUCUGUGAACCGGCACCUCCAGCAAGCAGGGUACAGCGAUGACGACACUAACUCUUCACUGGUGAACAACUCCACUUCCUUCAGUAACGGGACAGCUGCCUGUGACAAGAGCUGCUACGCUAUCACUGUGGCCCUUACCUUAAGCUUUCUGGUUGGUCUUUACCAGAUCCUGCUGGGGUUUUUACACCUGGGUUUUGUGGCUGUCUACUUGUCAGAACCUCUCCUCAGUGGCUUUGUGACUGGCUCCAGCCUUACCAUAAUCACCUCCCAGAUGAAGUAUCUCCUGGGACUGAGUAUACCUAGUCACAACGGAGUGGGGUCCUCCAUCCUGACGUGGAUUGACAUCUUCAGAUACAUCCAGAACACCAACAUCUGUGACCUGGUCACCAGCCUGGUUGCUUUGGCCAUCAUAGUGCCUGUCAAAGACAUCAAUGACCGGUAUAAGGAGAAGAUGAAGGCCCCGUUCCCCAUAGAGCUGCUGGUGGUCAUUGUAGCCACUAUAAUAUCUUACUACUUUAACUUUGAAGAACGAUACGAGUCUGCUGUUUGUGGGAGUAUCCCCACCGGUUUCAGGAAACCCACUCUACCAGAUACAAGCCUGUUUUCCAGCCUGGCAGUUGAUGCUGUGCCCAUUGCUGUUAUUGGCUUUACCAUGACUGUCUCCCUGGCAGAAAUCUUCGGCAAAAAGCAUGGCUACGCUGUCCGUGCCAACCAAGAGAUGAUUGCCAUUGGCAUGUGCAACUUCAUCUCUUCUUUCUUCUACUGCUUUGCCAGCUCUGCAGCCCUGACCAAGACUCUGCUGAAGGAGUCCACGGGGACCCAGACCCAGAUCUCCAGCCUGAUCACCUCCCUGGUGCUGCUGCUAGUGCUGCUGUGGAUCGCCCCACUCUUCUACUCACUGCAGACCUGCAUCCUGGGAGUGGUCACCAUUGUCAACCUGCGGGGGGGCUUGAGGAAGUUCCGUGACAUUCGCCGCAUGUGGCAGCUCAGCAAGCUGGACACGGUGGUGUGGUGGACAACCAUGCUGUCCUCCACGCUGAUCACCACAGAGAUCGGGCUCCUUGUGGGCGUCUGCUUCGCUCUGCUCUGCAUCAUCUUCCGCACUCAGAGACCCAGGGCCACGCUCCUGGGCAAGGUCAGCAACACGGAAAUCUAUGAGGACCAGUCCACUUACAGGCAGCUCAGCAGUAUUGCCAACAUCAAAAUCUUCCGCUUCGAGUCAUCCCUCUACUAUGCCAACAAGGACUAUUUCAAGACUGUUCUCUACCAGAAAACUGGGGUAAAUCCUAUCCUGCUGCGUGCUAUGCAACAAAGGGUGGAGGCCCAGGCAGACGCAGACACAGGCAACAGCAAGAGCUUUUUCAGCGCCAGGUUUGACUGUCUGAAACCUGCCAAGGAAAGAACUGAGAAGCCUCCAGCAGAUGCCUGUCUUCCCUCCAUAGAUCUACACACCUUAAUCCUUGACUGUGGGGCAAUGCAGUUCAUAGAUACUGGGGGUCUCUCUGCACUGAAGGAGAUACAUCAUGACUACAAGGAGAUUGGUGUCCAGGUGCUCCUGGCCAACUGCAACCCUUCCAUCCGCCACCGGCUCCGGAAGGGAGGUUGGGCUGGCAAGACAGACAGCAGUGGUCAGCUGGCUUUCCACAGCAUCCACGAUGCAGUGCAGUUUGCUGAACGGUCGUACCAUGUGCAGCAGGAUGAGAGCGAGGACAAAAAGGAUGCUCUCCUGGACUCUGAAGACCAGGACUUCCAGGCGUAUUUGUAG